AAAAAAAAAACAUUUUUUUUCGUCAUACUGCGUGGAUCUGCUCGUUUUUCUGAAUAAUGCAAGUUCAAAGUUGAUCAAUUUCACUCUACUGUAUUUCGUGCUCUUAAAAUUGCACACGAAACUACAAACUCAGCUCCUCUUAAAUGGUGUCAUUUCUAAAAAGUUGGCACUUUCGCCUGACAAUUAUUUUGCAGGUUAGUUCAAUUUUUCAAUAAUGCCCACUAAUUUCAUUUUAUCGGUACACUCGAGACAAUUAUACAUGAUCAGCAAUAGUUCAAUUGAUUCAUCCGUAUUUCUUGAGAAGGGUAGCUUUUAGGUCUAGAAAGGAAUCGUUUCCGAGUGGAGGUGAAACAAGAAGAACCCGGAGUGAGGCCACUCAGGUCAAGCAAUUUUCCGCGCGAGAUUCAAAUGUGCGGUAACCUCAAACCCUGCCCGUGUGAAGCGAUGUAACCUGGCUAUCUUCCAGUAUUUAUACUCUUUUUACGCAUCUGAUUCUAUUUGCAUCUCGGUAAGAAGCUAUUUUACUAAUCAGUAUUAUUUUCCGUCCACUAUCUAUUGAUAAGUUACUUGUAUUGUGUCAAUCUCUGAAUCAAUAAACUUCCUGCUCAUACACCCAUUCAUAUAAUGCCUAUUAUACCUACUAUAAAGUUCAGAGCUCUUUACAUGAACAAUUGCUCUUCAUUUUUGUUCUGAACAUAUAGAAUCACUUGUUAUUGUGAAAGGGUCAUUUAAGAGGACUGAAAAUGAAGGUAUAAAAGUUGACUUCAGUAUUUUAAGUGAUAAUGUUUUCUGUGACUGUCAGCUGCAAGUUUUUGACAAUUAAAUCAAGUCAAGUCCAUGGGUAUAUGGUUUGAGCCCUAGAAUAGGUGCUUGAAAGUUUAAUGCUGGAUUAAGUAAAGACCCACUAGAUUUUCUGAAUCUUCUCGUUUUCUUCUCACUGGUAAUUAUCAUGCAAUGUUUUUAUCUGAUGUCUUAUGUUUCUCCAGGAAUUAUGGUCCAUACUCGGAUACAUGCAAGUCAAAUCUUGCAAAAAUUCCAUAAGCCUCCAAAGGGUGUCUGCUUUUCAUACAAUCUCACGACUGCAAACAUAUUAACUACUGUGUAUGAAGGCAUCCCCCAAAAUUUGUUCCUGAACCUGAUAGCAUUUGUCUUAAUUAUUUUACUGUUUACUUUGAUGAGGAAGAAAGCGUGGGACUAUGGAAGACUAUCAUUGGUUCAAAAUCGACAAAAAAGAGAACCAAGCGUCUUUUACGACUCUACCGGAGACAAACUUGGGGAUGAAAAUUUCAAUAAUUUGGCUGGCAAUAACGAUACUAAGCACUCAACCCUUUCAGUUGAUGCGGGCGUUUUUUCUUGGUGUUUGGCUACUCUCUUGAUAACGGAUGAUAAUAUUUUUGCAAAGAGCGGAUCGGAUGCAGUUCAGUACUUGUUGUUUCAGCACUACAUAAUAAAAUUCUUAGCAAUAAUUACAGUUGUUUCUAUGUGCUUGAUUUUGCCUAUCAACUUUAGUGGAGCUUUUGAGGGUGAUGAAAGAUCAUUUGGCCAUACAACCAUCAGCAAUCUAAGUCCUAAAUCACCUUGGAUCUGGGUUCAUGUAACCAUAGCGAUCCUAUACCUGCCCCUGGCGAUCUACAUCUUGCGUAAAUUCUCAGCACAUGUGCCCCUGGCUGACAAGGGCGGAGUUUCUCGAACCUUGAUGAUUGUGAACAUUCCGCAACGCCACUGCAACCAUACCAACAUACAAGCAUACUUCAGAGAGGUCUACCCGCAGCUGUCUAUCCAGAAUAUCCAGUUUGCGUACAACAUUGAAAGGAUCAAACAUUUAGAGCGGAAACUGAAAAAGAUGUUUGAGUCUAAAUUUUAUUGCGACCGUCAUUUGCGACGAACAGGAGAGCGCCUGCAAGUACGACCACAUAUAAUCAGUUAUCUUUGCACCUGCUGCGGUGCCUGCAAGUGUGGCAAGAAGUUCGACGCCAUCAGUUACUACACCAGAGAAAUUAUGAAUCUUAGGGCUGAGUUGCAAGCAGAGCAUGAUGCAUCUUUGAAACACCCCUUAGGCAUUACAUUUGUGACAUUCGGAACGGCAGAAGAGGCUAGCAAAGUCUAUUGGAACCACAGAGUGUUCUGGCCAAAAUUUAUCAUAGCAAAGAAAAGCACCGUCGCCAAGUUACUCAAACCAAGCAAGUGGGUAGUAACCUAUGCUCCGCCCCCUGGAGAUAUCUGCUGGGAAAAUUUAUCAGUAUCCAGCAAAUAUAAAUACUUGAAAGCAUCGUUUACAAAUGCAGCUUUGUUUAUUGUUCUCUUCUUCCUAACGACCCCUGUAAUCAUUCUGAACACGAUAAAUAUCCUGAAACUGAAAAUAGAAGAUGAGAUUCAUAGAAUGAGCCCCAUGUUAUCAGAGUUCCUACCGACAAUACUGUUAUUAUUUCUCGGAGCGCUACUUCCAGUUGUAGUCGUCAAAUCUGACCGAUGGCUAGUACAUUGGACCCGAUCCGAACGAAAUCAAUCCAUCAUGAGGAAGACGUUCGUUUUCCUUCUUUUUGCAGUUUUGAUUCUACCAUCUUUAGGUCUCACCAGUGCAUCAGCUCUCUUGGAAUUUGCAAUUAACAAGUCGAAUGAAACAUACCGUUGGGAGUGCUUGUUUUUACCAGAUAAAGGUGCAUUUUUUGUCAAUUACGUUAUCACUUCUGCAUUCAUCGGGAAUAGUUUGGAGCUGAUUCGAUUGGGCGAGUUGUUCAUCUAUGUUAUUCGAUUUUCAUUGACCAGAUCAAGAGCAGAAACUGAGAGUGUUCGAAAGUUUAUUACAUGGGAAUUCCAGUUUGGGGUUCAGUACGCUCGUAUGUUAAUUAUCUUUGCGGUGACUGUGGUCUAUAGUCUCUCCUGUCCACUCAUAACUCCUUUUGGACUAGUUUUUAUGUAUUUGAAGUACUUUGUGGAUCGUUAUAACAUCUACUUUGUUUACGGUCCGUCAAAGAUCAGUCGGCAAAUCCAUAUUCUGGCCAUCAACUGCGUGAUGGCGUCGGUCGUUUUUCUCCAAUUCAGCUUCCUGUUGCUAUGCAUCCUGCGGAGAGGCCUCCGAGACAUCACAAUUUAUUCUCUCAUCGGUUUUUCAAUCACGCUGUCGCUAGUUAUGGUUCACUGCGUUUUGCCGUGGUGUGAAAUUCAAAAUCCCAUUUAUCAAUGGAAAAAAACCGCCAGCUACGAAGCAGACUGCCAUGAGAACAUUCUGCCCUUCUAUCAGUCAUCUCUGUGUUCAUCAUCCAUCUAUUUGCUGCUGGAAAAAGACCCAAACCAGUAUGAGCUGUAUUCCUACGCAUGGAAUGUUGUAUCAAAUCCGAUGUUGGAUCCGAUUCCAGAGGAAGAUGUGCUGGGGGACCCUGAUACUUUAUGCAGUCCGUCUGAUUUAGAUGAACUCAUUUCUCACAUCCGCAAAAAUCCACGCUGCAAAAAUAUUUCUGGUUGUCAGUUUCCCAGAAUGCAUGUACAUUAAGUGUAACUUCAUCAUUUUAUGGUGUUUUGAUCGAUUUUGAUUUACAGUAUUGAUUUGGUGACAACCUACGAAAACUUUCUAUUUUCAACAAAAGAGCACACAUGAGUUUAAUGAAUCAUUUACAGCAAUUAAAACUAAAAAUUUCAAAAGAAAUUAUAAAAAUAUUUGUCUGAUGAAAAAUUGUAAAGUUCGAUUUAGCAAUUUAAAAUCUCGAACACUAUGAAUGAGUCAUUAUCAAUUUUAAGGUCAAGAAUAAUUUAUAACAAAAAAAUAAAAAAUUUGAAUAGAGCUCAAA